AUGCCCAACUCUACCAUGGUGACUGAAUUCUUGCUUGCAAGAUUUUCUGAAGUGUGGGAACUAAGAGUCUUGCAUGCUGUGCUAUUCCUACUGAUGUACUUGGCAACCCUGAUGGGAAACUUUCUUAUUUUUACAGUAACCACACUUGACCAUAGUCUUCAUACCCCCAUGUACUUCUUUCUUAGGAAUCUCUCUUUCUUGGACAUGUGCUAUAUUUCUGUUACAAUACCCAAGGCAUGUGUUAUCUUCCUGCUUGACAGCAGGGUGAUCUCCAUAGUCGGAUGUGCAGCUCAGGUCUUCUUCAUGAUUUUCCUUGCUUUUACUGAAAUGCUAUUCCUCACCAUCAUGGCCCACGACCGCUACGUGGCCAUCUGCCAGCCCCUCCAGUACCCUAUGAUCAUGAACCCUCGUGUCUGUGUUCAGAUGACUGUAGUCUCAGUACUCAGUGGUAUUGUCUACUCUGGAUUCCAUGCUGGAAACACAUUCAGGCUGACCUGUCAGUCGAACGUGAUCCAUCAGUACUUCUGUGACAUUCCGCCACUGCUGAAUCUCACCUGCUCUGACACCUUAAGUAAUGAAAUUGCAAAUUUUAUCUCUGUAGUGGUGAUUCUUCUUGGCUUUGCAUUUAUUACCAGGUCUUAUAUUUGCAUAUUUUCUACUGUGCUCAAGUUUCCAACAAGGGAAGAGCGAGGAAAAGUCUUUUCAACUUGUGUUCCCCACAUGCUCAUGGUGAGCGUCUUUGUCAGCUCAGUUGCUGCUGUAUACCUGAAGCCAACCUCCCAUUCACCCACGAUUCAGGACACGAUCACUUCUGUGUUCUAUACUGUAGUUCCUCCUUUCCUGAAUCCUAUUAUCUAUAGUCUUAGAAACAAGCAGAUUACGGAAGCUGUAAGGAGAAUUACUAGGAGAAAGUUUUGUUGA